AACCAUAACCUCCUGAGCGGAAACAGGAAGCUGAGGGGAAGGGCAGGGCAGAGAUGAGGGACUGUUUACCAAUGAAAAUAUAUUUUAUUUUCCUACUGUGAAGAAGACGUAACGUCUUUACAUGGGAACAAACAGCGGAUGAAAGCACAACUUCCACUCUGAUUUACGUUCUCUAUUCGUGAGUCAUUUCAUGAACUACAAUGACAGCCAUCAAGCACGCACUCCAGAGGGACAUCUUCACGCCCAAUGAUGAGCGUCUCCUCAGCAUCGUCAACGUUUGCAAGGCGGGGAAGAAGAAGAAGAACUGCUUCCUGUGUGCAACAGUGACGACAGAGAGGCCUGUUCAAGUGAAGGUUGUGAAGGUGAAGAAGUCAGACAAAGGAGACUUCUACAAGCGCCAGAUGGCCUGGGAGCUGAGAGACCUGACUGAGGUGGACGCCAAAGAUUCCAGCAAGGAGAACCCGGAGUUCGACCUUCACUUCGAGAAGGUGUACAAGUGGGUGGCCAGCAGCACGGCCGAGAAGAACUCCUUCAUAUCCUGCAUCUGGAAGCUGAACCAGCGCUACCUGAGGAAGAAGGUGGAGUUUGUGAACGUCAGCCCCCAGCUGCUGGAAGAAUCCGUCCCCAGCGGGGAGAGCCAGAGUGUUGCCGGGGGCGACGAGGAUGCGCUGGAUGACUACCAGGAGCUCAACGCCAGGGAGGAGCAGGACAUCUCGGGCAUGAUGGACGUGUGUGAGUACGCCAUCUCCAACGCUGAGGCCUUCGCUGAGAAGCUGUCCCGGGAGCUGCAGGUGCUGGAUGGGGCCAACAUCCAGUCCAUCAUGGCCUCAGAGAAGCAGGUGAACAUCUUGAUGCAGCUUCUGGACGAGGCGCUGUCAGAGGUGGACACCAUCGAGGGCAAGCUGAGCAGCUACGAGGAGAUGCUGCAGAGCGUCAAGGAGCAGAUGGACCACAUCUCCCAGAGCAACCUCCUCAUCCAGAUCAGCAAUACCAACAACGGCAAGCUGCUGGACGAGAUCCAGUUCCUGGUGAACUACAUGGACCUGUCGAAGGGCCACGUGCGAGCGCUGCAGGAGGGAGACCUGUCCUCCCCCAAGGGCAUCGAGGCCUGCAUCAACGCCUCCGAGGCCCUGCUGCAAUGCAUGAAUGUGGCACUCAGACCAGGCCACGAGAAGCUGAUGGCAGUGAAGCAGCAGCAGCAGCUGUUCUCCGAGCUCAGAGACACCUUCGCUCGGCGCCUCACCAACCACCUCAACAACGUUUUCGUUCACCAGGGCCACGACCAGAGCUCCAGUCUGACUCAGCACACGGCAGAGCUGCUGCUGCCCAAACACAGCCCUCUGCACAGGGAGCUGCUGCGCUACGCCAAGCUCAUGGAGUGGCUGAAGACCACCCAGAGGGAGAAGUACGAGGGCCUGUCCAGGACGUACGUUGACUACAUGAGCAGACUCUAUGAGCGAGAAAUCAAAGAUUUCUUUGAGAUCGCCAAGAUCAAGAUGGCGGGAACGACCAAGGAGGGGAAAGGGAAGUUUGCCACGCUUCCUCGGAAAGAGAGCACUCUCAAACAGGAAACGGAAAGCCUGCACGGCAGCUCGGGGAAGCUGACCGGCUCCACGUCCAGCCUGAACAAGCUGGCGGUGCAGGGCUCCAACAGCCGGCGCUCCCAGUCGUCCUCCCUGCUCGACAUGGGCAACAUGUCCGCCUCCGACCUGGACGUGGCCGACAGGACCAAGUUUGACAAGAUCUUUGAGCAGGUGCUCAGUGAGCUGGAGCCUCUGUGUCUGGCAGAACAAGACUUCAUCAGCAAGUUCUUCAAGCUGCAGCAGAGCCCUCCACCCCUCCAGGUGGCGCCACAGCAGGGCGAGGGGGAGGAGCUGGAUGGAGGACAGCCCUCCAGGAUGGCUCCCCACGGGGAGCACAGACACUCCAUGUCUUCUGAGAAGGACUUGGUGCGCCUGAUGAUGAACAAGAUCUUCCAGAGCAUCGAGACGGAGCUCCACAGCCUCAUCGCCCUGGGCGACAAGAUCGACAGCUUCCACUCGCUGUACAUGCUGGUGAAGAUGAGUCACCACGUGUGGACGGCGGAGAACGUGGACCCGGCCUCCUACCUCAGCACCACCCUGGGCAACGUGCUGGUCACCGUCAAGAGGAACUUCGACAAAUGCAUCUCCGUUCAGAUCCGUCUUGUUGUGCUUGUGCGGUCCGUUCAGAUCCGGCUUGUUGUGCUUGUGCAGUCCGUUCAGAUCCGGCAGAUGGAGGAGGUGAAGAUCUCCAAGAAGAGUAAGGUGGGGAUCCUGCCGUUCGUCACGGGCUUCGAGGAGUUUGCCGAGCUGGCGGAGACCAUCUUCCGCAGCGCCGAGCGGCGCGGCGACCUGGACAAGGCCUACGUCAAGCUGAUCAGAGCUGUCUUCAUGAACGUGGAGAAGGUGGCCAAUGAGAGCCAGAAGACCCCACGUGACGUGGUGAUGAUGGAGAACUUCCACCACAUCUUCUCCACGCUGUCGCGCCUGAAGAUCUCCUGCCUGGAGGCCGAGAGGAAGGAGGCCAAGCACAAGUACACUGACCACCUGGGGUCCUACGUCAUCAACUCCCUGGGCCAGCCGCUGGAGAAGCUCAACCACUUCUUCGAGGGCGUGGAGGCGCGCGUGGCCCAGGGCGUGCGUGAGGAGGAGGUCAGCUACCAGCUGGCCUUCAACAAGCAGGAGCUGAGGAAGGUGAUCAAGGAGUACCCUGGGAAGGAGGUGAAGAAGGGCCUGGACAACCUGUACAGGAAGGUGGACAAGCACCUGUGUGAGGAGGAGAGCCUGCUGCAGGUGGUGUGGCACUCGAUGCAGGACGAGUUCAUCCGCCAGUACAAGCACUUCGAGGGUCUGAUUGGCCGCUGCUACCCGGGGUCUGGCAUCACCAUGGACUUCACCAUCAGGGACAUGCUGGAGUACUUCUCCAGCAUUGCCCAGUCGCAUUAACCACAGAGCACGUUACUGACGUCAUCACUGCUUAUUGGUGCCUCGCUAAAUGAAACACUACUUACCUUCUUUUACAUGUCUUGACUGUAAGAGAUUCACAGAAUGAUUCCCCCCCCGCCAAGUCCAUGUUGCACACAUACUAGUUUGUGUUGUAAAUUGUCUAAGACCUUAAACUUAAGCAAAAACGUCCAGCAAAGUAAAUUUUAUAAUGGAGCUUAAUUGUGUGCAUUAUAUAUAGGCAGAAUGUCAAAUGUAAAUAAACUACAAAUCUCA